GAUUGCAUUUGCCUUCAGUGAUUCACAGAGCACUGAAAGAUCUUUUUAAAAAAAAAAUAACCAAAGGAAAGAAAAGGAGAAGGAAAAGGAGAAAGAGAAAAGAAGGAAAAAGAACUGUUUUGAAAGUGUGAUUAUACACGAACUAAAAAUGCAUCUGUGUAUUUAUCUUUUCAUGUUAAUCAUACCUGUGGAACUUAAUGAAAGUAAUCAGGCAAAUGAGAAUACAGAAAAAGGUGGACUAUGCAACGCAUGUACGUGGAGGCAGAAUACAAAAUCUUCAAGAAUAGAAGCUAUAAAAAUUCAAAUCCUCAGUAAACUGCGUCUAGAACAAGCACCUAACAUUAGCCGGGAUAUUAUAAGGCAACUUUUACCUAAAGCUCCUCCACUACAAGAACUGAUUGAUCAGUAUGAUAUCCAGAGAGAUGACAAUAGUGAUGACUCUUUAGAAGAUGACGAUUAUCAUGCUACAACAGAAACUAUUAUUACAAUGCCUACAGACUCUGAUUUUCCUAUACCUGUGGAAGGAAAACCCAAAUGUUGCUUCUUUAAAUUUAGUUCUAAAAUACAGUAUAACAGAGUAGUUAAAGCCCAGUUAUGGAUUUACUUAAGACAAGUCCAGAGGCCUACAACAAUAUUUGUGCAGAUCCUGAGACUCAUCAGACCUAUGAAAGAUGGUACAACUUCGACUGCACUUCGAUCCUUGAAACUUGACAUGAACCCAGGGACUGGUAUUUGGCAGAGCAUUGAUGUGAAGACUGUUUUGCAAAAUUGGCUAAAACAACCUGAAUCCAACUUGGGCAUUGAAAUCAAAGCUCUGAAUGAAAAGGGAAGAGAUAUUGCAGUGACCUACCCAGGACCAGGAGAAGAAGGCUUGAAUCCUUUUUUAGAGGUCAAGAUUACAGAUACGCCAAAAAGAUCACGUAGAGAUUUUGGGCUUGACUGUGACGAACACUCAACAGAAUCUCGAUGUUGCCGUUACCCAUUGACAGUGGAUUUUGAAGCCUUUGGAUGGGACUGGAUUAUCGCACCCAAAAGAUAUAAAGCAAACUACUGCUCUGGAGAAUGUGAAUUUGUAUUUUUACAAAAAUAUCCACAUACUCAUCUGGUACAUCAAGCAAAUCCAAGAGGUUCAGCAGGCCCUUGCUGCACACCUACUAAGAUGUCCCCAAUAAAUAUGUUGUAUUUCAAUGGAAAAGAACAAAUAAUAUAUGGGAAAAUACCAGCUAUGGUAGUAGAUCGUUGUGGCUGCUCAUGAAUUCUGCAUUAAGUUUGCUGCUUCAUAAAAUAUGGAAUUUACCAAUAUUUGUAUAUAUUUCUCUUCAACAAUUUUGGAAACUGUGAAUUUUUAAACAAUAGGCCUACCUCUUAUAGGUUAUAUUUUAGGCUAUUGUAAAGAUUUCCUAACAGGCAAAAUACAAUAUAUGAACUGAAAGGCAUUUUUUAUGCAAGUGGUGUUUUUUAAUCAGUGAAUAUGAUAAGCUGCAAUCAACCCCUCAAGAUUUUAUGAUUUAUUUGCUAUGAAUAAUAUAUUCAUAGAGCUAUCUUUUCAUUUACGCAGACACCAUAAUAUAUUAACUUCAACAAAUAGAAAUAUAUAAAGUAACUCCUCCUUGUGUUCCAAAGAAUUAAAAGGAGUUUACUAAUAUAGUACAUAGUCUUAACAAUUUAGUUUACUGUUGUAUUUACACUAGAGGAUAUUCUGGCAAAAUACAGAAUGAUGAGUACCUUUGAAUUAUCCUCAAACACUUGAAUUGAUUUUAUAGUAUAAAAACAGAUAAGAUAAAAUUCCACAGAGCAGAUAAAUCCACAAAUUAUGAUAACUUCAUUGUCUUUUCAUUCCUUUUAUAAUUACUAUUUUAAUUAUUUUCUGGCAAUGGUGCUAUCACAGUAGAUUCAAUAGGCAAUCCUAACUAUUUGCUGCAAGAACCCAAAAUAAGAUUACUGCAGUGUAACUAAACUGAAUACUGUAGUAGAACUAUACAUACCAACGGGAGUUCAGGCAUUAAUGUUCAUGACACAUAUAGCACAAUAAACAGGAUUCUCAAUUAUAGUUUAUUAAGUAUUCACAAAGCAUGGAAAUUUUAAUUAAAGUUUGUGUGUGCUUAUGUGUGGUCCUUAUUGUAGCAAAUAUCUACUGACAAGAUUACAAAAUCAAAAUCAGAAUUGGUACUUAAUUAUAAAAUUAUUAUAACCAUACUGCAACCUUGUUUGUCUAAUGACAUACAAUUAAUAAAUUAAUGAGCACAAUACUGUAAAAUAAAAUGUUGAUAUAUUACAAGUUUUGUUUAUUAUACACACAUACAAAAUACUAUAUUGUAAAUAAAUGUUUCUUUUUUAUUUACUCUGAGUAUAUGGUGCGCCACAUGGGUUUGUCUUUUUCUACCACAUAAAGUUGUAUUUCGAUUACUGGUAUGUUAAAUUCUUUUAAUUUUUUUGCAAUAAGUACAUCCUUAAUUAGUGUAUAUUCUUACACCUCUGAAAGCACAGGUAUACACAUUAAAUCUUCCAUAAUACUUAU